GUGAUUUUGAAUGUUGGUGCCUGGUCUGGGUAUUUGACUUACUAGGAUUUUCGACACACAGCCAUCCAAAAAAAACAGAAAAUAGUGCUGACAUCAACAAAUGCCUUGUUGAUGCCAGAGGUCAGUGGAGACUGGUUUGAAAUGAUUUAAGGCAACAUGAACUCACUGAUGUUAAUGUUGCGAAGUUCAAAUUCACUGUAGAACAAUUUGCUUGUGCAAAACUUGAAAAAGUUCAUCUGCUCACUUAAUUCAAAUAUGUGUAUAUAACUGUAUGUUUGCAUGUGUGAAUGAUUGUUUGGUUUCCAAUUUCACUUUUUGAUAGUCUUCUCUGUGCUCCAGUCCAAGUCUAUCCUGGUCUGUCUCAGGAUCUCCUAAAGUCUGUGCCUGGCUCAUGGAGUCCAUUCCUGUCCGUCCCGAGAUGUAUUGGUCUGUUCCUGCCUGUCCUGGUCUGUCCCAGUGUCUUGCUUUUGCUCUGCCCUUCACUCCCUCAAUAAUCCUGUUAGCAGAGUUUCUUUGUAAUCCUCCCUUGGAGCUCAGAUCUCUGCAGGUCUUCACAGCGUCUUCACUUUAGCUCUGUGGGAUGCUGCUGGAUCCCGACUGAACUACUCAGGAUGUUGAGCUGGGUGGUCAAAGUUGUUCCCCAGCCACCUCAGCCUCCGUCCAAAAAAGCCGAAGAGCCGGAGGAGAAACCAACUGCUGCUCUGCCUCCAGCUCCAGCACCAGCACCAGCACCAGCACCAGCUCCAGCACCAGCUCCAGCUCCAGCUGCACCACCUGAGGCGCCCCCACCUUCUCCUGCAGCCCAACAACCUGCUCAAGAAAAAAAGGUGACGUUUCAAGAUGACGGUAAAACUGAAGUUUCCAAAGCUUCAAAAGCUCCAGACGCUGACAAACCAAGCCAGGAAGUCCAGACAGCAGAGGGCAGCUGUAAACCUGAAGACAAGACAGGUAUGUUAGCAUGGUUUGCUCAGGGUUUGGAGAAAGUUGUUCCUCAGCCCGAACUGAAGAGCAAAGACACAGCAGCAGGUGGACAGUCCACUGAGGCGCAUCAGGCAGCAGCUGCAGCAGCAGAAGCUCCACCUCCAGAACCUCCACAAGCCCCAAAACCAGCUGCUGACACUGUGAAGUCUCUCAAAGAGGCAGAGCAGCAGCCCAAUAUGAUGGGCUGGAUUUUCACUGGCAUUAGUCACAUGUUACCUCAGCCUGUGCAGAAGCAGGACACAGGCAGUGGUGAAGUUCAGAACAUCAGCAUCGUGCAAAGGAGGACAGACCUGGUGCUGGAGGACAUAGAACAGGAUGAGGCAAAGCAGGAAAUUAAAGAAGAGCCACAGUCCCAGAACAAAGAGGAUCUGCAAUCAUCAAAACAGGAGCUGCAGGCAGAGGACGCAGAGACACAGGAACAGUGGACUCCAGUGAUGGUCAGCAUCAAAAAGGAAAUAGGAGAAUCGAUACUAAGUCACAUGGAGGAAAGACUUCAGCAGGAGCGUCUGGAGGCAGCCCGUGUCGCAGAGGACUUGGCCAUGAAGGCAGCUGAGGAGGCAGUCCGCCAGCUUGAGAUGGAGCAGUCCGCCAAGAUCGUAAUAGAAAUGCUGUCCAAUGAGUCCAAUGAGCAACUUCCCAACAUCCUGGAGGAGGAGAACGAGGAUGAGCUGGAGUGCCUGGUAGACAAUGCUGAGUCUUUGUCUCAAAUGGAAGUAGAGCCUACUGCCUACUCUGAACCACCAGUGGACAUCACCCACCAACCACAAGCCCCAGGAGCCCUGACCACCACCACCGCAGAGCGGGGCAACACCGAAGCAUCUAAGGAAGAAGGUGGAUGUGGAGGUAUAGAUUUGGGUGCAACUCCAGCACUAAAGGUGGAGCUUGUGGAUCAGGAUGUGGGGCAGGGGAAAGGCCGGAACAUCCCUCACAUUAUCACAACCUCAGAGUCCACUGCUUUGACUGUCCCUGAAAUGGUGUUGUCAAAACCCAGUGCUGCAGGUGAUGAGGAUGGAGAAGAGUUGAGGACUGAUCUCAAAACCUGGCCCAGUCAGGGAGACUUGCUGACUGCAGAUGGAGAGAUGCGUCCUCUGUCAGCGGCCAGUGUCGGCAGCGUUGUGAUCCAGGACCGCUUGAGUGAGCUUGUCGGGCUGUUUAAAGGCCGAACGGAGCGCCAGAAAGACCGGCUGUUGGAUCCGGACGAGUCUGAGGGGGAGAGUCCUUCCGCCUCCCCGAGCAAAGCUCCACCCCCGCCCCCUCCCCCACCUCCACCGGAGGAGGAGAAGGCAGAUGCUGCUGCUGUUGUCGAAGAAGAGGAAGAAGACAAACGGUUCACCUUUGAACUUUUAGGACACCCAGUAAUAUUUCCCAAACUGCCCAAACUUCCGCCAAUGCCCGACUGGCUCCGAGUCAUAGUGGAGUAUCGCUUCCCCUCCAGCAUCGACCCAUUCACUGACCUGAUCUAUGUGUUCUGGCUGUUCUUUGUGGUGGCAGCGUGGAACUGGAAUGUGUGGCUGAUCCCAAUCCGCUGGGCGUUCCCCUACCAAACCUCAGAAAACAUCCAUCUGUGGCUGAUGAUUGACUACACCUGUGACCUCAUUUACAUCACUGACAUCCUCGUCUUCCAGCCCAGACUGCAGUUUGUCCGUGGAGGAGACAUUGUGUGUGAUAAAAAAGCAAUGAGGGAAAACUAUAUGUCGACUGAGAGAUUUAAGGUGGAUAUCAUGAGUCUGUUUCCCAUGGAGAUAUUUUACUACUUUACAGGAGUGAACUCACUGCUGAGGUUUCCUCGUCUGCUAAAGUACCAUGUUUUCUUUGAGUUCAACGACAGAAUGGAAGCUGUGAUGAAGAAAGCCUACAUCUACAGGGUGAUCCGAACCUCCAUGUACCUCCUGUACUCUCUGCAUAUCAAUGCCUGUCUCUUCUACUGGGGCUCAGACUAUGAAGGACUGGGAUCCACUAAAUGGGUCUACAAUGGAAAAGGCAACGCUUACAUUCGUUGUUACUACUUUGCCGUGAAGACGUUGAUCACAAUCGGAGGACUACCCGACCCCACCACCGUCUUUGAAAUCUGCUUCCAGCUCAUCAACUAUUUCGUUGGUGUCUUUGCCUUUUCCAUCAUGAUCGGUCAGAUGAGAGACGUAGUCGGAGCAGCAACCGCUGGAGAGAACUACUAUCGGGCCUGUAUGGACAGCACCGUCAAGUACAUGAACUCCUAUAACAUACCCCGAGAGGUCCAGAACCGAAUCAAGACCUGGUAUGACUACACCUGGAAGAUCCAGGGUAUGCUGGAUGAACAGGAACUGCUGAUUCAACUGCCUACUAAGAUGAGAAUGGACAUCGCUGUGGACGUCAACUAUGCCAUCGUCAGUAAAGUUGCCCUGUUUCAGGGCUGUGACAGACAAAUGGUGUUCGACAUGUUGACCAGACUCAAGUCUGUUGUCUACCUGCCCGGAGACUUCGUCUGCAAAAAGGGGGAGAUUGGCAGGGAGAUGUACAUCAUCAAACAGGGGGAGGUGCAGGUGGUGGGCGGUCCUGACCUGCAGACGGUGUUCGUCACCAUCAGGGCCGGCUCAGUGUUCGGAGAGAUCAGUUUGUUGGCAGGAGGUGGAGGGAACCGUCGUACAGCCAACGUCAAGGCGCAUGGAUUUGCGAACCUCUUCAUUCUGGAUAAGAAGGACCUGGCGGAGAUUCUGGUCCACUACCCAGAGUCCCAGAAGCUGCUCCGCAAGAAGGCAAAGACCAUGUUGACCAAGGACAAGAAGCCAGAUGAGAAGGAGGGAGGUAAAGGGGCGAUCGAGGUCAUCCCACCCAGACCGGACACCCCCAAAAUGUUCAAGGCGGCACUUAAGAUGGCAGAGCAGGCAGGAAUAGAGGGGACCUUCGGCAAACUGAAGAAGGCCUACACAGCAGCAGAGACUCCUGCCUCUGUCUCUCCACUCCCUCCUCCCUGUCCUAUGCACCGCCGCUCUCCGAUCCCUCACUUUCGGGCUCAGGACGACAACGACACGGUGGCGGAGACAAUCGACAGCUCCGUCGUCAUCAGGAUGACGCCGCGUCAUGAAGGAGAGGAGACGCUCAGUGUGGAGGUGAUGCAUGUGAAGGGAGGGGAGGAGGGAGAGGAAAGAAGGGGCAAGUGAGCUCCUCCACCUGCGUCGUUAUCUUCUAGCCUGAUGAAUUCUGGUCCCACAGACUGUUCAGCUUCGUCUUCUCUGGUUGUUUAGUCGUUAAACAAUGAAACGAAACAUUUUCUUGUUCUUUUUUCAUGUCAAGAGAAGGACAUUUAUUUACCAGUGGACUCUGUUUUUUGUGAACCUGGCAGGAGGCAUCAGUACAGACAAGAUACUGCCGUUAAGGUCCACACUGGUGAGAUUUAGUUUAAAAAAACUACUACAAGGUUUUCUACUGUAGACAAAUUAGGUGGCAAGAUACUGUAUUUUUCUGUUAUUUGUAAUUUUUGAAAUAUUUAACAUUAUCUGCCAUUUUCCCCCCCAUUAAAAUGUAUAGCGUGAAAUGCCA